UUGAACACGAUGACAUCUCUAGUGUUGGCUCUCUAUCUCACAUGUCUGGUCUGGGGGAAAAUGGCUCAGACGACCGAUCUGAAUUUCUCCUCAUCCAUUCAACAAGAGAGUGAUUUCGUGUCGGUUAAAACAAGGGAGAACUUGACGUUGCAGUGUUUCUAUGAAGGCAUUGUUGCUGCAAGGCUUUACUGGUAUAAGCAAACGCUGAGAGAAAAACCAAAGCUCAUCUCUACCUUCUAUAUGUAUGAUAAAAAUAAAUAUUUCUACGGUGAAUUCAAGAACAAUUCACACUUCACCUUGGAUACUGAAAAUGGUAAGAACGACCUGACAAUCACAGACUUGCACGUUUCAGACUCAGCUACUUACUUCUGCAUAAGUUGUUAUCUAUACACAUUAGACAUUUCGGUGAGCAUUACUGUCAGUGUACAGGGUUCAGGUUUGAAAGUCCCGGCUUUGGUCCACCAGUCAGCAUCUGAGAACAUCCAGCCAGGAGGCUCUGUGACCCUGAACUGUACAGUUCACACUGGGACCUGUGAUGAACAACACAGUGUUUACUGGUUCAAAGACUCUGAAGAAUCUCAUCCAGGACUCAUUUACACCCAUGGAGGAAGGAAUGAUCAGUGUGAGAGGAAACCCAACACACAAACACACACCUGUGUCUACAACCUGCCAAUGAAGAGCCUGAAUCUGUCUCAUGCUGGGACCUACUACUGUGCUGUUGCCUCGUGUGGACACAUACUGUUUGGAGACGGCACCAAGCUGGACUUUGAGGAUCAGCCGGACUCUCCUGUUUUGGUGUAUCUCUUGAGCGGAGCUUUGACAUUCACCACCAUCCUGAGUGUUUUACUGGCUCUCUCAGUGUGCAUGAUGAACAAGACAAACAGCUUCCAAGGCAAAGACUCACACAAUAUCUCCAGCUCCCCCACAGCAAAUGCAAUGGGUUACCAACAUGCUGUAAUCCUGUAUUAUGCGGCUUUAAGUGUCCACCUGCAAAACAGAUCAACAGGACAGCGGGAUCAGACCUGGAGUGAAUGUGUGUACUACAGCGUAAAGCAGUAAAACUGGACAUGUUACAUUUGUACUUCUGAGUAAGACAGGGUUUUCUCUUUAAAAUGUGAUGUAGAUUUGUAUCUUAGAUUGAAAUAAAUAUGAUUUGAUACCUUCCUUGCAGUCUGCAGCCAACAUUAAAUCUCACUAUUCUUAGCUAAUUUGCAUAUUUAUGAUACUCUUUUGUUGUCUGUGUGUUCUGAAGCAGGUUAUCUUUCAACUCUGUAUAUAGGUUCAUUUUUACAAAUAAAUGUUUUUAAGAUAAGAUAAGAUAAUCCUUUAUUAGUCCCGCAGCGGGGAAAUUUGCAGGCUUACAGCAGCAUAGGGUAAAGUGCACACAAGAGACAUAGUAAAAGAAAGACAAGAUAAAAAUAAAAAUGAAAUAAAAAACGAGUAUUAUAAAUAAGCAAUAAAAAAACAGUAGAAAAUGAACAAUAACUGAAGUAUUAUAUUUACAGACAGAAAAAAACUAUUAUAGCUAUAAUUGCACAGUGUAUUGUAUUGCACGUGUCGUGUGUCAUGUGGUCUGCUGGG